AUGAGCUUCGCUAUCCAAGAUGUGAUCAGGAUCUUGAUCUUGAGCAACACUAAGACCCUGCUGAACAGUCAAGCACGUUGGAGAAACACACGUGUUCAAGGGGUGUUUGAUCAAGAUCGGCGGUCCCGUGGUGGCAAGAUAUACAACUAUGUAUGCUUGAAGGCUGGUGUUGCUGAUGAAGCUGGCAAGCUGGUAAGCUCAAGCAAUGUCAUGCCAACCUCCAUGGCGGUCUGUGCACACGGGAUUUCCUGGCCUUCCAGAAAAACCGCGUUUCAGGUGGCCGGGGCCUUUUGCGCAGGGACCUCCCUUUGUUUUCCCAACCUCACGGAAAGCUUAGAUCCCAGUAACGUGGGUGGUGAUCUGUGCGCAGAUCUGAAGAAAUGUGUUGCGACAACGAGGGAUCGACUUGCUGAAUGGCUCAAAUACAAUUUCAUGGCUUACACACGAUGA